AUGGCGAGGCGUGCGGGCCCUAUUAACCGACGACAAAUCGCCGAAAUCGAGCGAACGGGAAUAAUUCCCGAUCAACUAACUGACGCGUUUUGUCGCGUCAUUAACGUCCUACUAAUCGUGCACCCACUAACCUCCGGUGCACCGGCUAAGGUAUUCGGACGACCGGGCGAACAAGUUUUGGAGGCCGCCGAGUAUCAAGGAACAUACGCCGCAUUGAACAUCCCAGCGGCGACGGCGGCCGUAGAAAGUGCACCGACCCCGAAGAAGACUGCCAGCUGUCUGGCUGCGCCAGGCGAGCCACGCCAUUUAACACCGUGGCCGCCUGGAAAAUACACGUCAGGCGGGCCAAGUGCCACAAAUCUAACAGUAUCAUAUUGCACCUGGUGCGGCCACACCGUCAAGGUGCCCGAAGGCCUCUCUGAGAGGCAACUAACAAUUCGUAUGGAUGCCCACCGCGCCGAGCGGUGUGUCUCGGCACCCAAGCAGACGAUGGCCGCAAGGAAAGACAACGCCGAGCGUCUCCAGGAAUUGGGCCGCGAUUUUUCGCACAUAGCCCUGCCUGGAGCAACCUCGGCGUCGGAGGAGGGUGCCGAGAGGAAGAGAAGGCGAACAAUUUAA